AUGCCCGCGGGGCGCAGGCGCAUCCCGGCCUCCUCCGCCUGGGCCCAGGAGCGGUCGGGCCCUAACGCCCGGGCACAGGCCCCGGCGCCUCCAGGUCUCCUUCCCGUUCCUCCAGGGCCCAGCUCGGCGCGGGCUCACGGGCUCUAUCAGCACCCUGCGGACCGCCGGAAAGCGAGCCACCCUGCGCCGUGGGCCCCUGCCCGCCCUCCGCCAGGCCUUCCCACUGCGCCCUCCCUCGCGGAAGGCGCGCCUUCUAAACCCUCGGCCUCGCCGGGCGAGCUGUGCCUGGUGCAGGUGGGGCUCUUGUGGCACCGCUGCCGCGUGGUCAGCCAGCAGGCGCAGGAGAGUCGCGUCUUCCUGCUCGACGAGGGCCGCUUCGUCACGGCGGGCGCCGACUCCCUGGCGCCGGGGCGCAGCGACUUCUUCCACCUGCCCUCCGAGGUGCUGGGCUGCGUGCUGGCCGGCCUGGUGCCGGCGGGCGGCGGCGAGCCCCAGCACUGGCCGCCCGGUGCGGUGGACUUCCUCAGCGGACUGCAGGGCAAGCAGGUGCACGGGCGCGUGCUGGACGUGCUGCUGCUCCAUCGCCUGGUCCUCCUGGAGGCGCCAGAGCUGUCCCAGCAGAUGCAGGAGCUCGGCCUGGCCCGCCAGGUGCCCGACAGCCUCUUCCGCUCGCUGCUCCAGGGCUACCUGACGGUGGCCCCCGGCAGCACAGGCUCGGGGGCCCAGGUCCCCUCGCGAGUCCCUCCCAAGCAGGAGCACCCUGGGCUGGAUUAUUUCUACCCGCAGCUGCAGCUGGGCGUGACGGAGCCCGUGGUGGUAACUCAGGUGUGCCACCCCCAUCGCAUUCACUGCCAGCUCCGGAGCCUCUCGCAGGAGAUCCACCGCCUGUCCGAGAGCAUGGCGCAGAUUUACCAGGACUCCUCGAGGACGGAGCAUAAGAACUCUACCAGUGCCCCACGGGAGGAGAGGGAGGAGAGCCCAGACAAGCCUGGCUCUCCGUGUGCAUCCUGUGGGUUGGACGGACAUUGGUACAGAGCGCUCUUGCUUGAGACCUUUCGACCCCAGCGCUGUGCCCAGGUGCUCCACGUAGACUACGGAAGGAAGGAGUUAGUGAGUUGCAGUAGUCUCCGCUACUUGCUGUCCGAGUAUUUUCGAAUGCCCGUGGUGACCUACCCCUGUGCUUUGUAUGGACUCUGGGACGGUGGGAGAGGCUGGUCUCGGUCACAGGUCGGUGACCUGAAGGCACUGAUCCUGGGCCAGGCGGUGAAUGCAAAGAUUGAAUUCUACUGUUCCUUUGAGCAUGUGUAUUACGUCACUCUGUACGGAGAAGAUGGGAUCAACCUUAAUUGUGUAUUCGGAGUAAGGUCCUGUUGCUUGGCCGACCGAUUCCUGCAAAGCCGGGGAAUGGAGGAGGAAGAGGGGGAAGAGGAGGAGGAGGAGGAGGAAGUGGAGGAGGAGGAGGAGGAGGACCCACAAGCAACAGCUUUUCAGUCUCAGUCUCCUGCUGAAGAAGCGGAUGAAGAGAUUCCACUCCCAGCCUUAAGAUCCACCAGGUUAAAGAUAAACGCCUUCUAUGAUGCCCAGGUAGAGUUUGUUAAAAAUCCUUCGGAGUUUUGGAUUCGGUUGAGGAAGCACAAUGGCACCUUCAGCAAACUGAUGAGGAGAAUGUGCAGUUUCUAUUCCUCAGCAAGUAAGCUGGAGGGUGUAGUGCUGAAACCCGAACCUGAUGACCUUUGCUGUGUCAGAUGGAAAGAAAAUGGCUAUUAUCGGGCUGUGGUCACCAGAUUGGACGACAAGAGUGUGGAUGUAUUCCUAGUUGACCGUGGCAGUUUGGAAAGCGUGGAUUGGUAUGACGUGAGGAUGCUGCUUCCUCAGUUUAGGCGGCUGCCAGUACUGGCUCUGAAGUGCACGCUGGCGGAUAUUUGGCCUUUGGGGAAAAGUUGGAGCCAGGAGGCAGUUUCCUUUUUUAAAAAGACUGUGCUCCACAAAGAAUUAGUUAUCCAUGUCCUUGAUAAGCAGGAUAAGCAAUAUGUUAUUGAGAUUCUUGAUGAAUCAAGAACAGGGGAAGAAAACAUUAGUAAGGUAAUUGCUCAAGCUGGGUAUGCCAAGUAUCAGGAGUUUGAAACGAAGGAGAGAAUUACCCUAAGUGCCCAUUCUCCAGGGUAUGUUUCAAACCAUUUUACUGCUGUGAAUAACAAAAUCAUUCCUGCCAAGAGGGGAGAAGUAGAACAGAAAGCCAAGAGAGACAACAACCCAACUACCUCCGCUUCAGAAAUUUUGACUGAUCCACCAGUCGCUACGGGUAUCCCAACUGGACUAGUUGUGCAGGAAAAAGAGAAGAGAGUAUCUGUUUAUUCCCCUCUUAUGCAAAAUUUCCUGGAAGUUAAGCCAGGCUCUUCUUAUAAAGGAGAGAUGAAAGUUGGAAGUACAGUAGAAGUCAAAGUGUCUUAUGUUGAAAACCCCGGCUACUUCUGGUGCCAGCUGACCAGGAACGUUCAAGACUUUAAAACUUUGAUGUGUAAUAUCCAGGACUACUGCAAGAACACAGCUGCUCCCUACCAGGGAAAUGCCCCCGUUUGUCUGGCAAAACGAACAGUAGACGGAAAAUGGUCCAGAGCUGUGAUUCACAGGGCACAGUCUUCAGAGCAUGUCCAAGUAAUGUUUGUAGAUUAUGGAGACAAAGAUAUGGUAGCUGUGAAGAAUAUUUACUCAAUUAGCGAAGAGUUUCUCAAGGUUAAGGCUCAGGCUUUUCGGUGCAGUCUUUAUAAUUUAAUUCAACCCCCUGGUCAAAAUCCUUUUGCUUGGGAUGAAAAGGCAGUCCAAGCCUUUAAUGAAUUUGUAGACAACGCAUGGGAAAACAAUCUCGAAUUAAAAUGCACAAUAUUUGCUUUGGCUUCAGCGCAUGAUGAAGAGCUGUUUAACAUUGUAGAUUUGCUAACACCUUUCCAGAGCGCAUGCCAUUUUUUGGUAGAAAAGAGACUUGCAAGGCCAGUUAAACUUCAGAAGCCCCUGGAGUCCUCCAUUCAGCUACAUUCUUACUACUAUUCGACACACGAUAUGAAAAUUGGCAGCGAAGAACUGGUGUAUAUAACACACGUUGAUGACCCUUGGGCAUUUUAUUGCCAGCUGGGAAGAAAUGCAAAUAUUUUAGAACGGUUGUCCUGUAAUAUUACACAAUUAAGUAAAGUUCUACUGAAUUUAAAAACAUCCACCUUGCUCCCCGGAAACUUGUGCCUUGCCAAGUACACUGAUGGAAACUGGUAUAGGGGAAUAACAAUAGAAAAAGAACCAAAUAAAGUCUUUUUUGUUGAUUUUGGAAACAUUUAUGUAGUAACAAAUGAUGAUCUGCUUCCAAUACCUAGGGAUGCAUAUGAUGUCUUACUUCUAUCCAUGCAAGCUGUUAAAUGUUCAUUGUCUGACAUACCUGAUCAUAUACCAGAAGAAAUUACAGCAUGGUUCAAGGAGACUGUUUUAGAUAAGUCACUGAAGGCUUUGGUUGUAGCAAAAGAUCCAGAUGGAAGACUGAUUAUAGAACUCUAUGAUGACAAUAUUCAAAUCAACACAAAAAUCAAUGAGAAGUUAGCAUUACUUGGCUACAAAAGUGGGACAAGAAAAAAAAAAGCAAGCAAAGACCUCCUCACCGCAACAGAAUCCCUUGAAGUAAAGAAGGAACAUCUGAACUUGUUACCUGCAGGGCGUUUAAGUAAAUCAGUAGAGAACUCUGCAUUAUGUAGUCUGGAGAUCUUGGAAGAAUCACACAAAUCUAAGACCAGCCCAGCACAGAGGGAAACCAAGCUUUUACAAAGUUGGACAAAGACAAACUUAUUCACUCAGUAUCAGGACUCUGUGGGACAUAAUCAGGUGUGUCCAUUCACAACCGAGAAGAAAGAAGAAAGUUUAGCUGAGCCACCUUUUAAAGCCACAAGACUAGAAGCUACCCUUUCAGAGAGAAACAUAGGAGAUUCAUAUCCCAAAAAUGUGCCUCUAAAAUUUUCUGAGCUCCCUCAGAAGAUUAUAAUGCCCGGCUUUAAAACAGUUGUCUAUGUUUCCCAUAUAAAUGACCUUUCAGACUUUUAUGUUCAACUAACAGAAGAUGAAGCUGAAAUCACUAGUCUUUCAAAGAGAUUAAACGAUGUUAGGACCAGGCCAGAAUUUUAUUCAGGUCCACCUUUGCAGAGAGGAGAUGUAAUGUGUGCCGUUUUUCCUGAAGACAAUUUAUGGUAUCGUGCUGUGGUCAAGGGACGACAACCCAAUGACCUUCUCUCUGUACAGUUUAUAGAUUAUGGCAAUGUUUCCAUGGUCCACACUAACAAGAUAGGUAAGCUGGACCUUAUUAACACACUGGCCCCAGCACUGUGCAUUCACUGCUCCUUGAAGGGACUUUGGGUUCCUGAGAUUUUAGACUGUAAGGAAAUGACGCAUUACUUUUCCCAAAAGACAGAAGAGGUUCAAGUAAGAUGUGAAUUUGUUCAAUUUCAAGACAGGUGGGAAGUUAUUCUUGCUGAUGAACAUGGGAUUAUAGCAGAAGACCUGAUAAGUAGAUACAUUUUUUGUGAAAAAUCUCAAGUAGGACUUUCUAACCAAAUAAUUAAAGGUGCCUGUUCAAAGUCUGUCAACAAAACAGACAUGGACAAUUCACUGUUUCUUAACUGGUACAAUCCAAAGAUCAAGACAAUAAGAGCAUAUGCCACUGUGAUAGAUGGACCCGAAUAUUUUUGGUGUCAGUUUGCUGAUACUGAUAAACUUCAGUUUUUAGAAGUAGAAGUACAAACCGCCGGGGAACAAGUAACAAGUUGGAGAAGUUGUGUCCAAUGCCCUCGUAUUGGAGAUCCUUGCAUAGUGAGAUAUAGAGAGGACGGGCAUUACUAUAGAGCACUUAUCACCAGUAUUUGUGAUGAUUAUCUUGUAUCUGUCAGGCUUGUGGACUUUGGAAACCUUGAGGACUGUGUGGACCCCAAAGCACUCUGGAAUAUUCCUUCUGAACUCUUGGUGGUUCCCAUGCAAGCCUUUCCGUGUUGCCUCUCAGGAUUUAAUAUUUCAGAAGGUGCAUGCCCUCAAGAGGGAAAUGACUAUUUUUAUGAAAUAGUAACAGAAGACGUGUUGGAGAUAACAAUAUUAGAAAUCAAAAGGGAUGUUUGUAAUAUCCCUUUAGCAAUUGUUGACUUGAAAAGCAAAGGCAAAAGUAUUAAUGAGAAAAUGAAGAAAUAUUCUAAGAUUAGUAUUAGUAACAGUGAUCUGCCCUAUGAAAAAAGUGAUCCAGAGAUAAAAGGAGCUCUUGGAUCCCUGAGUCCUGUGGUUGGAUUUAAGAAAGCAAGUAGUAAAAUUGGACAAGAGAAAACACUAUAUGUGGAAGCACAGGCAGAUGAGUUCCCUGGAAGAAUAGAAAAAAACUUAAACAUUAUUGAAGCCAAACCAACUAAAUUCUAUAGCCCUGACCCUGACAACAUCUUUGAAGCUUUCACAAACCCAUGCGAAGAUAAAAUUGGCAUUGAGGUACUGGAAGGUAAAAGAGAGUCCCAUUUGGUUGGCAAAGCAAAGUUUGAUGAUAAAUAUCUCAUGACAGGAUUUAGCAUGUUACUACCGCAGGCUAGUGAAACAAAGGAGAUAUUAGAACUGAAGUCACUUGAGGUGCCACUUUCUCCUGAUGAUGAAUCCAAAGAGUUCCUGGAACUGGAAUCCACUGAAUUACAGCAUUCUCUAGUCGGGGAUGAAGAAAAAGAAGAGCCAAGCCUGGUGUCUACAGUUGUGCCCCUCCCCCAAAACUAUGACACAGAAGCCACCCUGCACAUAUUUACAGAGCAGCUUCCCCUCAACUGUGAAUCUGAGAAACAGCCAGAACUAGAAUUACCCACAGCCCAGCUGUGUUUAGAUGACAAAAUAAACCCUUUGUCUCUAGGAUUCGGUCAGAAAGCCCAAGACCCCAUGUGUGCCGAAGACACAAGGAAGUCAAGUUGUGUAGAAUGUUUUGAGGACCAGCCUACACUACCCUUAAGUCUACAUGAAAAGAAUUGCAAUCCCAACAUGCAAAUUGAAAUGAAUGUAUAUAAAGAAGAAUUUACAGACCAUAAAAACAGAGAUGCCAUUUCAUCAUCGACUUUGUUCUCUGAAGAAGAAUCCAGAGAUGGAAGGAAACACAAUAAUUCUUUACAAGAUCAUGUUUCAGCUCAGCCAGAAAACACCUACACUCUGAGAGGAUUUGCUGUUGGAUCCAAAUGUGUUGUGUGGUCAAGUCUAAGUAACACAUGGUCUGCAUGUGAGAUUCUGGAAAUAGGUGAAGAAAGCACAAGGGUUUUGAACCUUUCAAAUGGUAUGGAGGAGAUAGUGAACCCCGAGAAUGUCUGGAAUGGCAUACCCAAAUUAGAGAAGCGUCCAUCUGAGAAAAGGAAUCUGAAGGUGAUAGAGAUUUAACUGUGGACCCAUAGACGUGGCCAGUCCAUUGAGACUACUCUUAAACAUGUGCAUCUUACCCAGACUGACAGAUUAUUUGAGCAAGUCAAGAGCAUAUAAUCACAAGAAGUUGUCAUUUUUGAAAACCUUGAUACAUGCUGACAACAGAAUAGCUCUCAGGACAACGAUGCCGUGUAUUUAUAGCAGUAUUGCUUUGCAUAUGAAUCUGGGAUCGUUUUCUCUCUUUAAGUAUGUUCUGUUUCUAAUAAGUUAGGAGAAUUUAUUUUUCUAAGCAAGUUGCUAACACAUUACUCAAAUUUCCAAAAAAACAAACCCUAUUUUUGUGUAUUUUGAAUAUAGCAUUUAAAUUAAAAUAGAAAGUUAUAAUUUUAUGACAAGUCUAUUAUAUGAUACUACUUAGAGGGAUGGGUUUAUUAGCAUAACUUUCAGACUUUUGUGUUGUUUCUGAAGCUUUGUUUUGUCUGUAUAGUUAACAUUUGAUUAAUAUUCUGUUUGAUUUUGGAAGUAUUCUAAUAUGACAUAGAUUUGAAUAAAGUUUCUCCUUAAAGGUG